GCGUGCCCUGAGAGGGAAAGAAGGGAGCGUGGACGUAGGAGACGUGAGGGAAAGGAGGGAGCACGUACGUAGGGGACGUGGGAAGUGGCGACGUGCUGAGGCGCCGCCGCGUUACAACGUCCGGUGAUGGCGGCCGUGUGUAGGCUCCCAUGAGGCGGGGAAACGGGGCACCGAAUCGCGGUGGGGGGAAACAAAAAACGUCCGAAGCCAUGGCGGGCGUUUUUGACAUAGACCUGGACCAGCCAGAAGACUCCAUUUCAGAUGAUGAGUUGGAGGACGGGAACACCAUAAGUGAAUUUAUGGACCAUGGAAACAUAUCAUAUGAACUUGGUAUGGAACAUUGUGAGAAAUUUGAGAUCUCAGAAACCAGUGUGAAUAGAGGGCCAGAAAAGAUCAGACCAGAAUGUUUCGAACUACUUCGAGUGCUGGGCAAAGGUGGAUAUGGCAAGGUUUUUCAAGUAAGAAAAGUAUUAGGUGUUCAUCCUGGAAAAAUAUUUGCCAUGAAAGUACUAAAAAAGGCUAUGAUCGUAAGAAAUGCAAAAGACACAGCGCACACAAAAGCUGAGCGGAAUAUCUUGGAAGAAGUAAAGCAUCCUUUCAUUGUGGACUUGAUCUAUGCCUUUCAAACUGGUGGAAAACUCUACCUCAUUCUGGAGUAUCUUAGUGGUGGGGAGCUAUUCAUGCAGCUGGAAAGAGAAGGAAUAUUUAUGGAAGAUACAGCUUGCUUUUACUUGGCUGAGAUCUCAAUGGCUUUGGGACAUUUGCAUCAAAAAGGAAUAAUAUAUCGUGAUCUGAAACCGGAGAACAUCAUGCUAAAUCAUCAAGGACAUGUGAAGCUAACAGACUUCGGCCUUUGUAAGGAAUCCAUUCAUGAUGGCACAGUAACUCAUACAUUUUGUGGAACAAUAGAAUACAUGGCUCCUGAAAUUUUAAUGAGAAGUGGUCAUAAUCGUGCAGUUGAUUGGUGGAGUUUGGGAGCCCUGAUGUAUGACAUGCUAACUGGAGCACCACCCUUUACUGGUGAAAACAGAAAAAAAACUAUUGACAAAAUCCUAAAGUGUAAACUCAACUUGCCCCCCUACCUCACACAAGAAGCCAGGGAUUUACUUAAAAAGCUGCUAAAAAGAAAUGCUGCCUCUCGCCUUGGAGCAGCAGCUGCAGAUGCCGGUGAUGUACAGGCUCACCCUUUUUUUAGACACAUCAGCUGGGACGAUCUUUUAGCUCGUAAGGUGGAGCCUCCCUUUAAACCGCUUUUGCAAUCUGAAGAAGACGUGAGCCAGUUUGAUUCAAAGUUUACACGGCAGACUCCUGUAGACAGUCCAGAUGAUGCCACUCUCAGUGAAAGUGCCAAUCAAGUAUUUGUGGGUUUUACAUACGUGGCUCCUUCUGUGCUGGAAAGUGUGAAAGAGAAGUUUUCUUUUGAACCAAAAGUUCGGUCUCCUCGUAGAUUCAUCGGAAGUCCCCGAACACCUGUCAGCCCUGUGAAGUUCUCUCCUGGCGAUUUCUGGGGAAGAGGAACAGCUGCUGGAGCAACAAACGCACAACAGCCAUCUGAUUUCCGAAUGGAAACAAGUGGAGUGGAACAAAUGGAAGUGACUGUAAGCGGAGAGGCUUCUGCCCCACUACCAAUAAGACAAUCCAAUGCUGCACCAUACAAAAAACAAACCUAUCCCUUGAUUCCUAAACGACCAGAACAUCUACGCAUGAAUCUAUGACAGUGCAUUACUUCCUCAUGCAUUCAGACUUAUACUGGUGAUGAUCCCAAGGAAUAUAAAUUCUAGCUUACAAAAAGCAAGUGCAUAGAUUUUGGCUUCAAAUCCCCAUAAGAGGGACAUAAAUAUGUGGUCUCGGUCACUGCAUAAAGCAGACUGGACAAACUAACGAACAAACAUACGUUUUGCUUUUGUU